AACAGCGAUUUUGGUUCCAGCUCUAUCAGUCCAUCCAAUUUGUUAUUUAUUUGGUUUAAUCGCAUUUUAUUUAAUUUAACCGAAGCGCACAAAGCAGUAUUAAGCUGAAGAUGACCGCCCUGACCCGCUGCGCCUUUCUGCUGCUGACGCUGGCCAUUUGCGGCAGCUGGGCCAUUCGGUGCUUUCAGUGCUCCUCGGACCAGGAUCGCAAAGGACACGACAGCUGCGGCGCCUACAAGCGAUUCAACCGCACGGAGCACAUCUCCAUCGAGUGCAACAGCGACGAGAGCCACAUGCCAGGAUCCUUCUGCAUGAAGGUCGUGCAGCAGGGUCCUCGUGGAUUUAUCUGGGACGGUCGUUGGCGACAGGUCAUCCGAAGGUGUGCCUCCGUUUCCGAUACCGGAGUGACAGGCGUCUGCAAUUGGGGCGUCUACGAGAACGGCGUUUACUGGGAAGAGUGCUACUGCUCCAGCGACAGCUGCAAUGGAUCCAGCCUGAUUCAAAUGCAUGGAUCCCUGCAGCUUCUGUUGGGCUUCUUGCUGAUUGGCGUCGUCUCAAGGAUUGCGAGAAGUUAAUAGGAAAGCCAGUUCCACGGUCCCCACCAAAAAGAGACAAAAAGUGCCUUUUCACCACUCUAAUUUUAAUAAUUUCUAAACUGAGAAUGGCUUUGAUUAGCAGAGACACCAUCCGUCCACUUAUACAUAUCUAUAAUUAAGUCAAACAGUUGUACACGCUUGUAAACAAAAAGCUAGAUAAAGGAACACCGCGGCAGGUCAAUUUAAAAUAUUUUAAAAGCAUAAAGUAUUCUUAAUUUUUGCAUAACAUUUUAUUUUGUGUUUUCUGAUGUACUUUUGUUAAUGAUUAGUCUUUGUGCACAAAAAGUAAUGAUCUGUUUUUACAUUUAUAUUAUUUAUAUAAAGGCUAAUUUUCGCUUUUAUAAUCAUUUGAUUAAAGACCUGCCCAAUCACGACCAUAAACUACAAAAAUUGUCCAGAUUUAAAAAUCCUUAUCUCAGAAUCUCGAAGUUAAAAAAAACACCAAUCGAAAUAAAUAUAUUUAGAGGAAAA